UGGCACAUUACCCUUGAGAGCCACCCCCCCCUCUGUAUCUCAGUCACUCAGCCACACGCACUCAGAUGAACCCAGAGCAUGUGUGAGGAAGGAUGCUGCUUUCUGUGAAUGUUGUUUAAGUGUGUGUUGACACACUCAGCUGCCGCUGUCACUCUCAUCGCCGUGUGUGUGUCUGCCAACCGGCCGUCCUGGAUAGCAACAUGUUCCGCCGAACCAAGAGUUGUCGCACCAGUAACCGCAAGAGCCUGAUCUUGACCAGUACGUCUCCCACUCUUCCCCGGCCUCACUCUCCUUUACCAGGACACAUUGGAAGCAGUCCGCUGGACAGUCCUAGGACGUUCUCCCCCAGCGCACCGGCCCAUUUCUCUUUCGCGUCAUCCAGAAGGGCUGACGGCAGACGCUGGUCUCUGGCCUCUCUUCCCUCCUCUGGAUAUGGGACAAACACACCCAGCUCAACGUCUUCCAGCUCGUCUCAGGAGCGGCUGCAUCAGUUGCCGUUUCAGCCCACGCUGGACGAGCUGCACUUCCUGUCCAAACACUUUGGCAGCACUGAGAGCAUCACUGAUGACGACGGCCGGAGAUCACCGCAUGUGCGGCCGCGCUCGCGGAGUCUGAGUCCGGGGCGAUCACCUUCCUGUUACGAUAAUGAGAUUGUUAUGAUGAACCAUGUUUAUAAGGAGCGGUUCCCUAAGGCCACGGCUCAGAUGGAGGAGCGCUUGGCUGAGUUCAUCGAGUCGUACUCACCUGAGAACGCGCUGCCGCUGGCUGACGGGGUCCUCAGCUUCAUCCACCACCAGAUCGCCGAGCUGUCCCGAGACUGCCUGACCAAAUCUCGUGAAGGCCUCAUCUCCACCGUCUACUUCUACGAGCUGCAGGAAAACCUUGAGAAGCUGCUACAUGAAGCCUAUGAGCGGUCAGAGAGCUCGGAGCUGACCUUCAUCACAGAGCUGGUGAAGAAACUCUUCAUCAUCAUCUCCCGCCCUGCCCGACUGCUUGAGUGUCUGGAGUUUAACCCUGAAGAGUUCUACCACCUACUGGAGGCAGCAGAAGACCAUGCUAAAGAGGGCCAGCUAAUGAAAGCAGACAUCCCGCGAUACAUCAUCAGCCAGCUCGGCCUGACCAGAGACCCUCUGGAAGAAAUGGUGAAUUUGGAGAGUUAUGACAGUGAGGGACCCCACACUCCGGAGACGGACGACUCUGCAGAAGGGAAGCUCAAAGCCAUCAAACCGCCCUGUGAAUCAGACUUCCAGACUAUCAAACUCAUCAGCAACGGAGCGUAUGGAGCUGUGUAUUUAGUCAGACACCGAGAGACACGGCAGCGCUUUGCUAUGAAGAAGAUCAACAAACAAAACCUGCUCCUGAGGAACCAGAUCCAGCAGGCGUUCGUGGAGCGGGACAUCCUGACCUUCGCUGAGAACCCCUUCGUGGUCAGCAUGUUCUGCUCUUUUGAGACGCGCCGUCACCUGUGUAUGGUCAUGGAGUAUGUGGAGGGUGGUGACUGUGCAACCCUGCUUAAAAAUAUCGGAGCCCUUCCUGUGGAAAUGGCCCGGAUGUACUUUGCUGAAACCGUUUUAGCGCUGGAGUACAUUCAUAAUUAUGGCAUCGUACACCGAGACCUGAAACCAGACAAUCUGUUGAUCACGUCGAUGGGCCACAUUAAGCUGACGGAUUUUGGCUUGUCAAAGAUGGGACUCAUGAAUCUCACCACUAACCUGUACGAGGGACACAUCGAGAAGGACACCAGGGAGUUCCUGGACAAACAGGUGUGUGGCACACCGGAGUAUAUCGCCCCGGAGGUCAUUCUCAGGCAGGGCUAUGGGAAACCAGUGGACUGGUGGGCCAUGGGUAUCAUCCUCUACGAAUUCCUAGUGGGCUGCGUGCCGUUCUUCGGAGACACGACUGAAGAGCUCUUUGGUCAGGUGAUCACAGAUGAUAUUGAUUGGCCUGUGGGAGACGAGGCGCUGCCUAGUGAAGCUCAGAGCCUGAUUUCCGCCCUGCUGCAGACCAACCCACUAGUGCGUCUGGGCACAGGUGGAGCGUUUGAAGUGAAGCAGCACUCAUUUUUCUUGGGAUUGGACUGGAAUGGUUUACUCCGACAGAAGGCCGAGUUUAUCCCUCAUCUAGAGUCUGAGGAGGACACCAGCUAUUUUGACACGCGGUCAGAGCGUUAUCGGCACAUCAACUCCUAUGACGAGGAUGACACUAACGACGAUGAGCCAGUAGAGAUAAGACAGUUCUCCUCCUGCUCGCCGCGCUUCAGCAAGGUAUAUAGCAGCAUGGAGCACUUGUCCUGUCUUUAGGGUGUGUAGCAUGUUGUAGCACCUGUCCCAACGGAGGGUAGGAGCGAUUGUAGUAUGGCCAAGAGGGAGAGUCUGGGAAGCUUCACUAUGAGGGACAAGAGCUGGAGGACAGGCUCACCUGAGAUGAAGCGUCUUUCAUACUCUGAGUCUCUGUAUAUGGAGGGAGACUGCAGUCCUCCGAUGGGCGCCCGGCGCCGUUUUUCAGCCCUGAUGGACACGCACCGGUUUGCCGCUCCUCAAGAGGGCGAUGGAGAGCUCUCUGAAAAACAGGGUGGAUUUAAAGCCCCGGGAUCAUCAUUAGAGGGAGCCAUUGCUCCACCAUCGCCCAGUGCUAAUGAACAGAGGAAUGGUGCGAAGGAAGUGAUGUCAGCUAGUAAAGGCCCAGACAAGCCACUGAGACCAGGUGAGAUAUCAGCACCACAGGCCAUACCAUCUACAGGAGCUAUAGCAUUGGUCGGUAGGGACGUGGUUGCCAUGGGUGACACCGUCGGACAGCGAGCGACCAAAGAUCUGGUGCUUCGGCAAGCACGUCACCAGCAGCUGUCAAGUGAUGGGGAGAAACGAACCUCACGUCCCGGCAACAAGGUCAUCAAAUCUGCAUCUGCCACUGCUUUGUCUGUCAUCAUACCCGGAGUCGAGCAGCAUGGUAGCUCUCCACUGGCCAGUCCAAUGUCCCCACGCUCUCUCUCGUCCAACCCCUCAUCACGAGACUCCUCUCCCAGCCGUGAUUACUGCCCUGCAGUAUCAGUUCUUCGUUCACCAAUUACCAUCCACCGCUCUGGCAAAAAGUAUGGGUUCACUCUCCGUGCCAUUCGGGUCUACAUGGGAGACACAGACGUGUACAGUGUGCACCACAUAGUCUGGCAUGUGGAGGACGGAGGCCCCGCUCAGGAGGCGGGACUAUAUGCUGGUGAUCUCAUCACUCAUGUCAAUGGUGAAUCUGUGCAUGGAUUGGUCCAUACCGAGGUGGUAGAGCUUAUACUUAAGAGUGGGAACAAGGUGACUGUGACCACAACACCUUUUGAAAACACGUCCAUUAAAGUGGGACCAGCACGCAAGUCCAGUUAUAAGUCUAAGAUGGCUAGAUGCAGUAAGAGGACAGUCAAAGAGGGACAGGAAAGUAAGAGGCAUGGGUCUUUGUUCCGCAAAAUAACUAAGCAAUCUAACCUGCUGCACACAAGCCGUAGCCUGUCAUCGCUGAACCGGUCCCUAUCAUCCAGCGAUAGUCUUCCUGGCUCUCCAACACACAGCCUGUCCAGUCACUCCCCUACCCAGAGCUAUCGCUCAACUCCUGAGUCAUCCCACCUUGGUGCCUCCUCCCAGAGCAGUUCUCCUGCUUCCAGUACCCCAAAUUCCCCCGCAACAACCCAGCAUAUGAGACCCAGCUCCCUGCAUGGACUUUCCCCCAAACUUCACCGCCAAUACCGUUCAGCCCGCUGCAAGUCAGCGGGAAACAUUCCUUUGUCUCCAUUGGCUCAUACACCAUCCCCAACUCAGUCCUCACCACCUCCUUUGCCUGGGCACACAGUUGGGAGCUCCAACACAACCCAAACCUUUCCUGCAAAACUUCACUCGUCCCCACCAAUCAUAAGGCCUAGACCCAAGAGUGCUGAGCCACCCAGAUCACCGCUACUCAAAAGAGUGCAGUCAGCAGAGAAACUCGGGUCACCGCUUUCAUCUUCAUCCGAGAAGAAAGGUGGGAUCGGGGUGAUGAGGAAGCACAGUUUGGAGGUUGGACAUUCAGAUUAUCGUAAGGAUGGUUUUCACUGUGAGCUUGGCCUCCAGAGCUUGGUGGAAAUUGAGGGUGAGAAUCUGGCAUCUGCCCCAACAACUUCUCCUUCACCCACUCAACCGACAGCGUCACCACCUGAAAAGGGCGUUCUGAAGCCAGUCCGGAAACUGGGCAGGCAGGAGUCACCUUUGAGUAGAGAUGCUUUGCUUGCUGGGAGAGAAAGGGAUCGAGACAAGGAGAGGAUUGGUGAACCAAGUCAUGCUAGUGAGGCUAAACCAGGGGCGGUCAAAGAGAUGCUCCCUUCUGGUGGUAUUAUUCUACCUGGAAGUAUGAAAUCUUCAAGUGUUGAAGCAUCUCAGCGGCCUCCUUCCACUCUACAGGAAAGUUGCCUAGCCAAGCCUCAGACUUGGCAGCCUCCAUUGACCAAGUCUUCUCCGGUAGCAUCAGAGUCCAAACCUAGUGUAGUUGCCUCUAUUCCGAUGCUCCCGACCACAAUGUCUUCCCCAUCUGCCAAAACAACAGAUCAAAGUUUCAUAAAGGAAAUGGGAAAUGAUGACCAAGGAAUUCUUACAAAAGUUGCCCAAAGCCAGGCACUAGGAACCACUAAGCCUUCAUGUUCUGUGAGUGUAUCAGGUGUUAUCAGCAAAGACUUGUCGGAGAAGGAAGGGGGAAAGGAUACUGGGAAGAAAGAGGUAAAACCAGAUUUUGGGAAGACUCCAGCUUCAAUCAAACCAAGUAUGCCAUGCAGUGCUCCUGGGAAGACAACAAGCACAGAGGUAACCAAAGCGAGUAAGGGACCAGGUGACGGAGAGGGUCUCAAAAAGAGCAUCUUAGAUUCCCAUACCAGAACUUUAGAUGUCAGAGCGAGGACUGCUCCAUCCAAAGGGUUUAUCCCAUCUCACCCACCCCAGGCGCAGUGCUCUGCUUUGGGAAAACUUAGGCAGGACAAGGGGUUAGCUCCGGUCAGCUGCUACCGGGGAACACUGGAUUGGGAGGACAAAUGUCUCUUGGAAGUUGUUGAGGAACACUCUCCAUCUCCCACUCCUUCUCCAACUGGAGUUCCUCCUGAUCUGCCCAAAACUCAACUUCAGUCUCCGGAUGAGAAAUCUGGUUCGGCUACACAGUUAACAAGCACAGGGAAAUCUAUAGGGCCUGUUAAAGGUGGAACUCAGGAGGGGCCCAAGGCCAAAGAUACCACCGAAUCACUGGGGGUCACCAAGGUUUGUGCACCAGGAAUACCUGAACCUGCUUCUGGGAGUAGACCAAGCUCCAAAGGAGACAGUCAGAGUCCUACUAGCACCUCUCCACAGGUGAAGACUGUCAUUACUUCUAAGAAUGGCUCUUGAUCUUGUGCUAGUUGGAAUAAUAAUUGCAUUUUUUUGUGGGUUUAGUGGAAUUCAAUGUUUUUGAGCACUUAGAUGUUUAGGGACAUUCCAGCCAGUGAAAAAAAAGGCCUAAUCAUAUUACGCUGAACAAAGGACAACAACUCCAAGGUUUUU